ACACUUUCCUGCAGCCUGCACGUACACUUCAGCUGACAGUCAUGAAUCCUGAAGGUGUUCCACUCCAGGGGAUGGGGUAUGGGGGUUAUCCUAUGCAGCCUGGAGGGACUACGGUUUUUCAAACCACCAGAGUGAACAUAGACCCUGAGCCCCCAAAGGACCACAUCAUCUGGUCUCUCAUCAGCUUUUUCUGGUUCAACCCUUGUGGCCUUGGACUGGCAGCUCUGAUCCACUCUGUCAAGGUUAGUUCAGAUGCAACAGUUGUCACAUUUAUCAGAAGUUUGUUUCUUGGUAAAUGAAGAAUCUUACCUGGAUUUGUCAGGAAAAAAUGCUCGUUAUCUUCUAUUGACACUCGAAAUAUCACUUCAUGUGUGUUUUAGUGUGUAAAUUUAGAAUUUCAACAAAGAUCUUGAUGAGAGCUUUGCUUGAUUUUUGGAAGAAAGAAUCUUUGCACACCCAGUGCUAAUUGGAUGACACUGAUCAAUAUCUCCAGAGAUUCACGUGAUAGAAAUGAAGCCUUGAUUUGUACUGUGUUUGAUUUGGGUGACUUCAGAAAACCAAGAAAACAAACUUCUUUUAGGGCAGAAUUUUUCCAACAUAAACUACAGCUGCUUGUUACAAUCAUAAAUCAGGUAGGGGUAUCUCAAAAAGUUCAGCCUUUGGGGGAACUUUGAAAAUCUUCUUAUAAAGGAAUUUUUUAAGCUAUAUGACAAGAAAUUGUAUGACGAAAAAUAAAGUACAGUAAAAUUAGAGAUUACAAACGGCCUCUGACAUUGUUAAAGAUGAACAGUCUGUUUGACAUAAUGAGGGGUGCUUUUGUCUUGCAGUCCAGAGAUCGGAAGGUGGUUGGUGACUUGGAAGGAGCUCGUCGUUACGGCUCAACUGCCUGCAGCCUCAACAUCGCUGCUACAGUUCUGGCCUCCGUAGCUCUUCUGCUUUUCAUCAUUGUAUACACUGCAAUGCGCAUUAUUUCAGCACAAAGCUGGAGAAACCACUACUGAACUAUUUCAAUAGUGCUGAAGCUGUCAGCUUUGCUACUUGUUUCUCUGCUUUAUUCUCAUGUUACAAAUUGUAACUUUGGUAGCUUUUCCCUGACAUCCUCAUGAAAAACAUAAAUUUCUAUUUGUGUAUUAAGUCUCAAAGGGGAUUUGUGUCUUAAAUUUGCUGUCUUCAGAUGGGAUUAUAUCUAAGACUUGUUUUUUUUUUUUAAUUCUGAGGACUGUUACUCAACAGUAGUGGCAAAAGAACAGGUCCAUUUGUUAACAGAGCCGUUUCAUGUUGUCACUUUUUGUAAUCUCUGAAAUCCAUCCCUUUUUGAUUUGCUCACUAUGUAAAAAGUGUCUCGGUAAAUGUCAGGCAUCGUUUCUCCAUAACUGUUGAGCUACAAAGUGCUGUAUCAAACUCUUAUUGACGCAAAAACAUCAUUAAUGUAACCCUGAGGAGUUCAAAUACUGGAGAGCUUUGUGUCUGCACAGUUUUGGGGCUGUUUCCCUUCCUCCUCACAUUUUCUGUUUGCCAUUUUCUCGAUACCCUCAUGUAAAAUCAACUCACUGCUUGACACUUCCUUAAAAAGUCUGCCAUUCUCAAAAGCUAAGACAGCGCUCAAUAAAUGAAAGAAAAAGUAAACAUAA